AAUAAAUAAGCUUGAAGCAUUUGCACGUCCGAGUCUGUGUGUUUUAUGCUCCUGAGAUCUCGUAGCUCUGGUCCAAGGAUCUAUACUGCACAUGUUUUGAUUCAAGUAUUAUCUAACAAAUAGGACUCGAGUUAUCCAUGGAGUUCACAACAGUACGGACAGGAGUCACAGACACUUACUCCAAUCAAACCGCUCAAAAUCAUUCAUCAGAUGACUGUCCACUUGAAAGUCCUCUGAUGACAACAGUGUUUCCAAUUCUCUACAGCAUUCUCUUUAUCCUCAGCCUAUCUCUGAACGGCCUGGCAGCAUGGGUCUUCCUCAGGAUCCCCAGCAAAUCUCACUUUAUCAUCUACUUAAAGAACAUUGUUGUGGCUGAUAUUAUCAUGACUCUCACUUUCCCUUUUAAGAUCCUCAGCGACUCAAACGUAACAUUCGAAGGGAUGCAUGUCUUCACAUGUCGCGUGUCAUACGUGCUCUUCUACCUCACUAUGUAUAUCAGCAUUCUGUUUUUUGGCCUAAUAAGCAUCGAUCGCUGUAGAAAGACCAUGUGGCCUUCUGCCGGCACCAGCCAGAGACGCCUAAAGCACAAAAAGCUCCUAUCAGGCUUCAUAUGGACCUUGCUAGUGGCUCUUUGCCUACCAAACAUUAUUUUGACUAGUCGUACGGACACUUCUGGUCGCUUUAACUGCACUGGCCUGAAGACACCAAUGGGACUACUAUGGCAUGAGGUGGUCAUACUUAUUUGCCAGGUGAUCUUUUGGGGAAACUUGAUAGUUGUGAUAAUAUGUUACAUUCUCAUUUCAAAAGAGCUUUACAAGUCUUAUGCUCGAACGAGAUCUCAUCAUGCAGUGAGCCAGGGACAGCAGAAGAAAUCCAGUAUACAGGCUAACAUCUUCCUUGUAUUGGCUGUCUUCAUCGUUUGCUUUGUACCUUUUCAUUUUGCCCGAGUGCCGUUCACCAACAGCCAGUUACGAGGACAGAUGUUUAACUGCCAGGAGAAGUUUUUCUUGUUCCUGUUGAAGGAGAGCAUGAUGUGGCUUUCCUCCCUCAAUGCUGUGCUGGAUCCACUCAUCUACUUCUUCCUCUGCAAGUCUUUCAGGAAGUCUCUGUUUAACACUCUCAGUAUCGCUUCUGGAUGCUGCAGAGAUCUCAGGACAGACACGAUCAGCACAUGACCGGGUAAUACACAGACAAAAGAGAGAAACUUCAGAAAAGCAGAACGAUCUCUUAUAAUACGAUCAUGGCAGUGAGGUUAUAAUUCAGCCCUAUAUGUUUAUUCUAAGAAAUAAUGUCAUCAUCAUCUGUGCAUAACACUUUCGCCGCCAGCGUUUUAAAAAAAAGUUGCCAGCCAGCGCCAGCGUUUUUCAUGAUUUUCACAAAAGUUUAAUGCCUUCCAGAAAAUGUUCUUCUUUAAAUAUUUAAACAUACAAUAAACCAAAUGAAAGAACAGACCCUCUGCUUUCAAACAAAAAAAAAAACGUUUCAUCCUACCUUCAGUGGUUAUUUUGUAAUCAGCUUUUGAAUAUGGGUAAGUUUCUGCAAAAACACCACAUUUUGAGCAAAAAGCUGAGAUAAUUCCAUUUUUGUGAUGGACUUUUUAUAGAGAUCCCAAUCAGAGGGAUCUUUAAAACAGACCCGGACAUGCAGCCGCUUGCCAUAGGGCAAUACUUCCGGGUUUAAAAAGUUGCGGAAAGCCGGAAAUACUCGUCAUUGGCACUGAAGCGUUUUCUCUUGAUUGAUGAGAUAUCUCGUCAAUGGCGGCGAAAGAGUUAAACUGACUUAUGCUUUGUUAUAGCUACAUGACUGAUCUCAUGACACCUGUCAAUAUUUCACCUCAAAAAUCAAAGAAAAAAUUGCAUUUAUUAAGAUUUUAUUAUUUGAAGUACUGAUGUUUAUUGUACUGCUUUUAAUAAUGCUUAUUUAGUGAAAGCAAUAAAUUCUAAACAUCAAAAAUGAAGAACCAUUAAGAAUCACAUUAAGGUAAAACAUUUUAAUUAUAGAAAUGUGAUAUUUUUAAUGUGAACAAAAGUGCUUAAUUCAGAAUAUAUAAAUAUACUAAAAAAAGUUGGUUCUUUCUGCAAAAUAUAAUAUUUCUUACACUCUUAGAACGAAUGUGUUACACACAAAAUGUGUUGUCCCUGA